CCGUCCCCGUUUUCAAAAGCGUGAUCGCGUGAGAGAGACGAUUUAUCCCACGCUACGUGAAAGCAUCAGCACGCGGGGCUUGUGCUGUGGUUGCAAUUCAGGCAAACAUGUAAUGAUGGCGGAGCUUCAAAUGCUUCUCGAGGAGGAGAUCCCCGUGGGGAGAAGGGCUCUCCUUGACAGUUUUCCCAACCUGGAUAGGGUGGCCGAGUACUGCGAGACCAACUAUAUCCAGGCCUCGGAUAAGCACGGAGCCCUGGAGGAGACCAAGAGCUACACGACGCAGUCCGUAGCCAGCGUGGCCUACCUCAUCAACACUCUGGCCAACAACAUGCUGCAGAUGCUCGACAUCCAGACGUCACAGUUGCGGCGCAUGGAGAGCUCCGUCAACCACAUCGCACAGACGGUGGGCAUCCACAAGGAGAAGGUGGCGAGACGGGAGAUCGGCGUGCUGACCGCCAAUAAGAACGCCAGCCGCGCCCACAAGAUCGUGGCGCCGCCCAAUCCCGAGAGGCCGCUGCGCUACGUCCGCAAGCCGGUGGAUUUCGGCGCGCUGGAUGACGUCGGGCACGGCGUCAAGUGGUUGCUGAGGUUGAAGGUGAACGGGUCGGAGAACAUGAAGGGGCCCGGGUCCAGCUCCCCCACCCAGAAAGCCCCCAGCCCCCCCAGGGCGAGACGCAGCAUCUUUGGGAAGAGCUCCCCCUACAGGACCCUGGAGCCCGUGCGGCCUCCGGUGGUCCCCAACCACUACGCUUGCAGCCCCACUACCAGGAACCCCAACGACAACAUGGCUGCUCACAGCCCUCGCCCGCGCACGUACAGCGGCAGUAGCGGAGGGAGUCACCCCAGCGGCAGCAGUCGGAGUAGCAGCAGAGAGAAGAGCGGCAGCGGGAUCCCAGUGGCGACGCCAUCGCCGCCCGCCGUCUUUCCAGUCUCCCCGAGCGUCGGACCCGCUAGCUCGUCUUCGAGCGCCCCCAACUCUUCACCGACCUCCUCUUCCUCCUUCUCGUCCUCCUCUUCCUCCUCCGCCACCCUCACCCUGCCACCGUCCUCGCCGCAUGUCCCCCCGCCCCCUCCGUCUAAGUCCAACGAGAUCCCCGGCACCGCCUGCAUCCUCCCUUCACCACCUCCCUCCCCCAACUCCUCUUCACCCAAAGAAGGUGGAUUGGUGCCUCAGUUCUUCAGCAUGAACCGCCCCCAGCCUCGCCAGCAGACGCCGCAGGUGGGCGGCUCCCUGCCCUACCGCCGUCCUCCCUCUGUCACCGGACAGCCGUUCGGGACGCAGAGCGACCAGGUCAACGGCGGGCCCUACUUCAACGGCCAAAGCCCGGCCUCUCCGCCACCCUCCCUCCUCCAGUUCACUCCUCAACUCCCCCUCAUGGGCUUUGUGGCUCGCCUUCAGGAAUCCAUCUCAGACGGGGCAACAUCCCUCCAACCGGCUUCGGAAGAGACGGCAUCCGCUCGGGCCCCCCAGGAUGACGACGUCCAGGGGGCCGAGGGGGACUCUGCGGUGGUCGAAUACCAUGACCCGUAUGUGGAGGAAGAUCCCCCCUGGGCUCCCAGGAACUACCUGGAGAAAGUGGUGGCCGUCUACGACUACACGGCCGACAAGGAGGACGAGCUGUCUUUCCAGGAGGGCGCCAUCAUCUACGUACUAAAGAAGAAUGAAGACGGCUGGUUCGAAGGCGUUAUGAAUGCCACCACUGGACUCUUCCCCGGGAACUACGUGGAGUCCAUCAUGCACUACACCGACUGAGGUUUUUUUUUUCCUACCCACAAGCCCUUGCACUUACAGUGACGCUGCCUCUGAGCCUUGUGUUGUUGAUGUUGUGAAGUGGACCCCGGUGGGCAUUUUAUCUACUCUUGAAGUUUACAGUGUCUUUGCGUGCAGGUGGAUUAUGUUUAUAUUUAU